GCAGGCCCGUCGACACCCGAAACCUCAAAAAAUCCGUCCAGCUCCAAGAGACGUCCCCAUGCAAGGACUGAUGAUGAAUAACAAGGAAAAGAUCACGCAUCUGCAUGUGAUAUGUAUGAUGCGUCUGCAGCUUUGGUACGGAUCUUCUCCCCCUCGCAUCGAUCGGUUGGUCUCUGUCUAUUCGAGCUGAGUAUUCCCUCCCAGGCAGCUGUCCUGUGCCUGUAACAGCGGCUGCUACCAACAGCAACACGCACAGCUUCCUCUUUACUCUGACUUGACAUGGGAACAAAGCCAGCCACCAGCCACACAAGCAUACCAUUAUUCAUUCAUUCACCCCUACCUUUCCUCCUCUCUUCAUCCCAUCUUCUGCUGAUCUUCCAUCCCAAACAUCUCUCAAGCAUCUGUUUGAGCUCAUUUCCUCCCCACCAUCAGCUAGGGUUUCUUGAGUCUUGGCAUCGGUUCGUCUUCUUUCUCUUUUGAUUUGAUUGGCACACAAAGAAAAGGCCUAUGGAUGGCUUCAGGGAUCUUGGCGGCGGAGGCGGGAGCAGUGCUUCCAAGGCUUCUUCCUUCUUGCAGCUUCCGCUGGCGGCGUCGUCGUCGGCUCAGGGUUUUCCAUCGCCAGACGGGCAUCACCACAGCUCACGGCUCGCGCUGCAGCAGUUACUUGCCGACCCGUCGGGGUCGCAGAGUAGCCAUCAGAUGGACGGAGCAGCUGAUCUGCGAAGAGAGAUUUCGCCGGUAGAUGCCGAGACCAUCAAGGCCAAGAUCAUGUCGCACCCCCAGUACUCGGCUCUCGUCGCGGCCUACUUGGAUUGCCGAAAGGUCGGCGCGCCGCCGGAUGUGUCGGAUAGGCUCUCGGCCAUGGCGGCGAAGCUGGACGCACAGCCGGGGCCAAGCCGGCGGCGGCACGAGCCGGCGCGCGCUGACCCGGAGCUCGACCAGUUCAUGGAGGCUUACUGCAACAUGCUGGUGAAGUACCAGGAGGAGCUGGCGCGGCCGAUCCAGGAAGCCGCCGAGUUCUUCAAGAGCGUGGAGCGGCAGCUCGAUUCGAUCACCGACAGUAACAACUGUGAAGGCGCCGGCUCAUCCGAGGAUGAGCAGCAGGACACGAGCUGUCCUGAGGAGAUCGAUCCCUGCGCCGAGGACAAGGAGCUGAAGCACCAGCUCCUGCGGAAGUACGGCGGCUACCUGGGCGGCCUCCGGCAGGAGUUCUCCAAGAGGAAGAAGAAAGGGAAGCUCCCGAAGGAGGCCAGGCAGAAGCUGCUGCGCUGGUGGGAGCUGCACUGCAAGUGGCCCUACCCUUCCGUACGACCACCCCUAGAGACGGAGAAGCUGGCGCUGGCGGAGACGACAGGGCUGGACCAGAAGCAGAUCAACAACUGGUUCAUCAACCAGCGGAAGCGGCACUGGAAGCCGGCGUCGGAGGACAUGCCGUUCGCGAUGGUGGAGGCGGCGGGCGGGUUCCACGCCCCGCAGCAGGGCGCCGCGGCGGCGGCGGCGCUGUACGUGGCGGACGGCAUGUACCGGCUGGGGUCGUGACGGACUCGCCGUGCUGGCUGCACGUAACAUGCAUGCUCGGGCGGCCAGCGAAGCUGCCUGCCGAUCGGUGGUGCUGGGGAUUUACCGUGGAAUCCAUGGCAUGCAGUGGCAAGGAGAAAAGCCUAAAGCUGAUCUGAUGCUCGCGGUACGGUGUGAUUACUGGGGAUUUGUUGAGGUAGAUAGUGCUUGAACUGUGGAUCGGAUGGCCAUUGUUGCUGUUCGGCCGUAAAUAUAUGUACAGUUUGCAGCUUGAGACGUGUUGCUCGAUCUGGAGCAGGUAACUCUGCAACGUUCCUUGCUAGGCGUCAUGUCUUUUUCUUGUACGCGUACAUUUUACUGAAGACGACUGAAUUUUCAUGAGCAUAUUCUCAGCUUGUGGGCUCGUUCGGUUGUGCCCAGAAGGUAUGUUUGUAACCGUUACCCGGAUGAGAUCCAAAUGGAUGAACUAUUUCCUUUGACA